AAAUGCUGGAAAGCGAUAAUGGUUUUACCAAACCGAUCUCUUUUACUAAAAAUGGGAAGGAGAAAUACAAAACUUUAUGAGGAGGUCUGACUACAAUACUAAUUUUCUUAGCAAUGGUGGGCUACACAGUAAUAUUACUCACCAACUCUUUUGUUAAAGAAACUACUUCUACUACAGUAACACCUGCAACUGGUACUUUAGAUUGAAGCAGCUCUGGAGGUGGAACUGGUGGAGGCGGAACUGGAGGAGGCGGAACUGGAGGAGGCGGUGAUAGCGGAACAACUUACGAUCCGCACACCUAUGUUUGCGAAACUAAGACAACAUGUCCUGAACACAGUGAGGAAUUAUGAACCCCUGUUACAGGAGAGAUCACAGCAAGCGAUACUCUGCCAUUUAUUCAAUAUAAUAAAGAGACAACUUUAAAGAUGUAUAAUUCUGUGUAUAACAGCGCAGAAGUUCAUUACCCUUUUAUGAAUGGCUUCAACAUUGCAUUUAGGUGGAGAGGGUUCGUGCUAGAUCCUGGAGUAUUUUCAGUAACCGGCUUAGUAGUCUAUUCAGAAGAUGGAGGAUCAACAGUGGGAUUUACAGAACUCAGCAUGAUUUCUUGCACAACAGAUAUGUUCCCAGCUGAACUUGCAGAUCAACUUACUUCGAUAGGAAUUGAGUAUUAUGCUUGUAUUGAUCCUAACCAUUAUGCAACAUUAGCUUUGCAUCAGAAUAUGCAAGGAGCUAAUUAUUCUGUGCUUAGCUUUGAUGUAUUGGAGUGCUCUUUUGAUUGAUUAGGCUCCUCUUAUUAUGGAACAAUAUUUGAUAUACUGGUGAUCGAUGCUGAAUUCGACAUUAAUGAUGGCGGUGAUAACCUUAAAUAUUCGAUAAACCAAGGAUAUGAAAUAAUUUUGGAUUCUUCUGCAAUAUCUUAUCUUGACUUUUACCUUGAUAAGCAUCUAUAUUUCCACCCAGUUACUUCUAGUAUUAGUAGUUUCUACAAAUCUCGUAAAGAAGGAGAAGGAUAUCAGUAUUAUUCUUCAAAUUCUCUGCUGCAUAUUGAUGUUCAUCUAGGAGAUAUCCAGUAUUUUCAUUUGACUAUUCCUGAGCUACAGCCUCAAGUGACAACUCACACAGUAAGUGUUGAUGAUUCCUUGGCUGAAGGAGAGACCAUGCAGGACUGCAGAUGGAUAGUCUAAUUUUUACAGGUAAAAAUACUAUCUUGUUCACAAAACCUCUCAAACAUAUU